UCUAUAUAGAUAUAGAUACAGAAGCUUUGAGUAGUAGUAGUAGUGGAGUUGAAUAAUAUUUGUUAGUGAAAAGAAAUGAGUUUCAGGGAUGAAAAUGAAGAAAACGGAAAAGCGGCGGCGGAUCUUAAAAAACCGUUCUUACAUACGGGAAGCUGGUACAGAAUGGGUUCAAGACAAUCUAGUAUGAUGACGUCAUCCCAGAUGAUCAGAGAUCGCUCUGUUUCUGUUCUUGCCUGUGUUCUUAUUGUUGCUUUAGGCCCUAUCCAGUUUGGUUUCACUAGUGGAUAUUCAUCACCAACACAAUCGGGUAUUAGUAAAGAUCUUAACCUUACAGUAUCUGAGUUCUCAUUGUUUGGUUCUUUAUCAAAUGUUGGUGCCAUGGUUGGUGCAAUAGCUAGUGGUCAAAUUGCCGAGUAUAUUGGACGUAAAGGGUCUCUGAUGAUUGCCGCUGUCCCUAAUAUACUUGGUUGGCUUGCCAUAUCAUUUGCAACAGAUUCGUCUUUUCUAUACAUGGGAAGAUUAUUGGAAGGAUUUGGUGUUGGGAUUAUCUCUUACACGGUUCCUGUCUAUAUAGCUGAGAUAGCUCCUCAAAACAUGAGAGGGGGGUUAGGUUCUGUCAACCAGCUAUCAGUCACUAUUGGGAUUAUGCUUUCAUAUUUGCUGGGACUCUUUGUUAAUUGGAGAUUACUUGCAAUUAUGGGAACGUUACCGUGUUUGAUUUUGAUACCUGGUCUCUUUUUCAUCCCGGAAUCUCCUAGGUGGUUGGCAAAAAUGGGAAUGAUAGAAGAUUUUGAAGCUUCUUUGCAAGUUCUACGCGGUUUUGAUACUGAUAUCACCCAGGAAGUAAAUGACAUUAAGAGGUCGCUUGCAUCAUCAAACAGAAGGACUGCAAUUCGUUUUUCGGAUCUCAAACAUAGAAGAUAUUGGUUUCCUCUGAUGAUCGGGAUUGGCUUACUAGUUCUUCAACAGGCAACCGGAACCAAUGGUGUUCUCUUUUAUUCCAGUACCAUUUUCCAGUCUGCAGGAAUUUCUAAUGGUAAUGUUGCUACAUUUGGACUUGGCGCUGUCCAAGUCAUCGCAACUGCAGUUUCGACGUGGUUGGUUGACAAAACAGGCCGAAGGAUUCUGCUUAUUGUCUCUUCUUCUGGAAUGACUAUCAGUCUCAUACUUGUUGCAGCAUCCUUCUUCAUUAAGGGUUUUGUGGAAGACGAUUCUACAGUGUAUACUGUAAUGGGCAUCUUAUCGGUGGUUGGAGUUGUGGGCAUGAUCAUCGGUUUUUCCCUUGGAAUGGGCCCAAUUCCAUGGAUUAUUAUGUCCGAGAUUCUUCCCAUCAAUAUAAAAGGACUUGCUGGUAGUAUAGCAACCUUAGCCAAUUGGUUCAUUUGCUGGGUAGUUACAUUGACAGCACCCUUGCUUUUAUCAUGGAGUAGCGGAGGAACCUUCACCCUCUACAUGCUUAUGUCUGCUGUGACCUUAGUAUUCUCCGCUCUUUUGGUACCAGAAACCAAGGGCAAAACAUUGGAGGAGAUUCAGUUUUCAUUCAGAUGAUGUGCGCCUCCAUUUCUAAACGUCGAAUGAAGCACUAUAGUAGUAUUACAUAUACCCUUCCUAACCACCCCAAUUUUGCUGUGGUUUCGGAUGGCAAUUAUUUGUGAUAUAACAUACAAAACUCGAAAAAUGAAAAAAAUAUUAUUGCAUUACCGAUUCAUUCAAUAAAUUUUAUUUAUUUUUAUUUUGAAA